AUGUAUAGGCCAUAUCAAGACGGUUCAUUGGUCUUUGAAGUACGUUUAGGUGACGUUAUGGAUCUUAUAUGUCCAUUUUAUGAUGAACAACAAUCGUAUAUGACAAGUGAACUAGAACAAUAUGAUAUAUAUCGAGUAACUGAAAAUGAAUAUCAAAAUUGUAAUAUUAAUUCAUUUGGUAAUGAUCCAAUGACACGUCGUGUAAUUACAUGUAACAGUCCAUAUGAUAUUAUGAAAUAUACACUUAAUUUUCGUUCAUAUUUACCAAUACCAAAUGGUUUUGAAUUUCGUCCCAAUCAAACUUAUUAUUUUCUUUCAACAUCAUCAAGUCAUUAUCAUCAAUGUAACAAACUUAAAAUUUUUGUACAUGAUUAUUAUCGCAUGUCAAUAUCCACAACUACACUAUCAUUUGUCAAUGAUCAAGAACGAAAACCUAUUUCAUUUUCUCAUUAUUCUCAUCAUCGACAUGUAUCUUCAUCUAUAGAUAAAAAUGCUCAACAUGAUAUUCAUCGUCCAUUUUUACAUGCAAAUAAAGUUCAACGUCAUAGUGAUCCAUAUUCAAUAAAAUGGAUAACUGAAGGACCACAUAGAAAUAUGAAUAUUGAUAAAAUUUAUCGAACAACAAAUCUAAUCGAAACAUCACCUUCACCAUCACAAAUGCUUAGUCUUACAUUGAGUUCCUCGUCAAUGAAAUUGUCGAUAUCAUAUAUUCUUCUAUGUCUUCUACUUUCAUUAAGAUAA